AUGAGGUAUGAGGCAUGAGAGAAGGAAUGUGUUAGAAUAAGAUGUAACAGUUAAUUCCCAACCCAACAAGCUAUUCUUGGGCAGUUUGGCAGCUUGGCAAUGAAAAUUGAGCUUCGUACAUUAAGCUUCCUUAUUUAAAAAUAAAUUAAAUUAAAUCCAUUUAAUUUAUAGGCAACACACAAUGAAUAUGAUAAUUUUACAAAUAAAAACAAAAGGGAAAAAUUCUACAACAACCGCAAUCACAAUAACAAGGAGAGAGUGAAAAUCACAGAGACGAAAAGAUCGUCUUCUGAAUCGGAACAAGGUGUUCGGGGUUGAAAUUUUAGAGCAAUUAUGAGGUUUAAGAAAGGGAAUAAGGUGGAAGUGUUGAGCAAAGUUGAGGUGCCUUGUGGCUCAUGGCUAUGUGCAGAGAUCAUUUGUGGUAAUGGCCACCACUAUACUGUGAAAUAUGAUGGAUAUGAAGCUGAUGCUGGUGAGGCAAUUGUGGAGCGGGUGUCCAGGAAAGACAUAAGGCCAUGUCCGCCUGCACUUGAGCUCACAGAGAAUUGGAGCCCAGGUGAUGUUUUAGAGGUCUUCCAGAACUUCUCAUGGAAGAUGGCUACCAUUUUGAAGGUUUUGGGGAAAAACUACAUUUUGGUCAGGCUGCUUGGAUCUUCUUUGGAAUUUCAAGUGAGCAAAUUUGACGUUCGGGUGAGACAGUCUUGGCAAGAUGACAAGUGGAUUAUAGUUGGAAAGGGUUCUGCCAGCUGUGAGAAUAGAAAACGUUCUAGUGCCCAACUUCAGAAGACAGCUACAAAGGCCAAACUGUCAGGUUCCACUUACUAUCAUCCUGAAAAGAAAAAUCCGAGCAUUCUGGAAUCCCAAAUUGUUUCUUUUAAAACAAUGAAACGUGGAACCUAUUCUCAAGUUGAAGCAUAUGCUGAACCUCCCCCAAAGUUUAGAGCACUUGAGAAUGAUGGCAGAUGUCACAGAGCAAGAGUUAGAAAUACUCUCACACCACUCAAACAGGUACAGGGUGUCGGUUUUCCAAGAGAUGUGCUCGCUGAAGAAUGUGUACCUGGUUCUGUAAGCAACAGAAAAACUGGGAUUUCUAAUAUGAUGGACAUAGAGAGGAGGAAACAAACUGGCACUGUGGGUUGUCCAUUUGGAGAAAACUUAGAAUCAAAUCAUGCUGAUAGUAUUACAUGCUCUGUUGGUAGUUGUAGUAUCACUAGCAGGAAUUCCUAUAAAUUGCAAUUUCCUGUAUCUGCAGGUCCUUUUGAAGAUGUAGACAGUUCAUUUAGUGAUGCCGAGUCUGUCUGCCAAAGGGGUUGCGAGGAAGGGAAUUGUUCCCCUCCUACACAAGAGGAAUUGGCAGCAGAGAUUCAUAGGGCUGAGAAGGAGGCACAUAGGGUGUUGCUUCCAGAUGUCUACAGAUUUUCUCUUGCUCUAGACAAGGGAUGGCUUUUCUAGUGUGGCUCUUGAUAAGCCAACACUUCCGUAGGCUUGUGGAGUUCUCGCAUUCUUCCAUUUCAGGCCACCUUUGAGCCUCAGAUAUCUGUUUUACGGAGGGAUUCCUGCUAAGAGUCUUGUGGCUACCAUGGGGUGACCUGAUAUGUGAAUGUGUAAUGGAUAACUUUCACCUUAGCUUAUUCAAUUGUGAUAUCUUUUGCAUGCUGAUGCAUGGAUCACUAUCAAUUUGUUAUAAAUGAAAUGAUCACUGCUAUUUUCUUCAUGUGCAUGCACAAAUACAGAGGAUGUUUACAUGUCAAAGCCCAGAUAAUGGUUAAAAUGUUGACUGUACAACUUUGGAUGUUAAUGUAAUUAUAACUAGAGGGUAGAACAGUUGAUGAUCACACAUAUUAACUAAUAGUAACAUAAUUAAGCUGUUACAAUGUUUAAAGAAGCAUCAGUUUCUCAGACAUAAAAUUUUAACAGAAAACCCCAGGACCAAUCAGCACAACCGCAGUAGACAUUGCAGCCAGAAAAGGCUUUAAUUUCUGAUGUGGAUUACCUACCUAUGGAAAGUUUUCGCUUAAAUCCAAACUAAUAGCAAAACUUCAUGCUAGUUUGCAAUUUGAUAUUUAUUUAUCAGUUAGAUUAUUCUUUCAGUUCAUCUAGUACCUGCUAUGGCUGCUUUGAACAAUGAUGUUCCAGUACUUAUGCAUGUACAACUUUACAAGUUAAGUGAACAUGUUUUUCCUUUUAUGGUUGUAAGCUUACACGUGAAAGUUAUCAUUGCUUUGUGGCUAGUGCAUCAAUGCUCAGCAAUGAUCAAUUAGCACAAGGUCCAAAUGGCUCUUGGAUGAACAUGGCCACAUUAAAGCCGGAAUGACACAAGUCUCUAGAGCUCUAUAUCCCAGAUUUCCUACGAGACCUUGGAUUUCAGUUUUGGCUGGCCUGAUAUCUUUCAGUUGGGAAAAGAUAUCCGCGUGUUCACUGUGAAACAUUUUUUGGCUUCAAUCUGAUGUUUUACCAAUGUGGAAUCCGGUGCUCGUUUGAAGCCUGUUCCUCGCUUGUCAAAACCCUGGUUUUGAAAAGCUGAAUAGCUUGCUUGACUUUUUUUUUCUUUUUUCCUUUUUUCCCCCUCUUGUUAGUACUUGUUUAGUUUGACAUUACAACCUUCAAACCUCUGAUUAAUCUGUUUGAUUUCACUCGUCUUAUUUUGUCAAAAUCUUGGUUAUCUGGUUCAAUGUGUGAAAGAUUGUGUGUAUAAAUGGCAGUUUAGUCUGGCUGAACCAAAAGUUGGACUAUCAAGGUCUUUGUCGACUUU